AUGGAACCAAGUCAGCCCGAGCUCGAGGAGUUCUCAGCUGCCACCGCGGGCGAGGUGCUGAAACCAGUGGAGGCCCCAUCCGAUGGUGAAGGAUGCCCCAUAUGCUUGGGUCAAGAGGAGGCCACGGAGACCACUUGGAUGAAGACAGCGUGCGGACACAUCUUUCAUGGGCGGUGCGUGGAGAGGUGGCUCAAGAUGAAGGGAAGUUGCCCCGUGUGCCGGCGCCAGCUUUCGAUACCGCAUGUUGGUGCAAAACAAGAUGUUCCAUUUAUACAUCCCUUUGACUUGAGGACGAUAGAGUCAAUGCGGAGGUUUCCUCACAUAUUCCCAGAUCCAGAUGGAUAUUUCUCAAUGUAUACGCAGGAUAUGUUUGAAGGCCAUUGA